GCGGCGGGCCGGGCGGGAGGCGGCGGCGGCGGCGGCGGGGCGAUGUCGGCCAGCGCCGUCUACGUGCUGGACCUGAAGGGGAAGGUUCUGAUCUGUCGGAAUUACCGUGGAGAUGUGGACAUGUCCGAGGUGGAGCAUUUUAUGCCAAUCCUCAUGGAAAAGGAAGAAGAGGGGACACUUUCUCCUAUUCUAGCACACGGGGGAGUUCGUUUUAUGUGGAUUAAGCACAACAACUUGUAUCUUGUUGCAACUUCGAAGAAAAAUGCUUGUGUAUCACUGGUGUUUUCAUUUUUAUAUAAAGUAGUUCAGGUUUUUUCUGAAUAUUUCAAGGAGUUGGAAGAAGAGAGCAUUAGGGAUAAUUUUGUUAUUAUUUAUGAGUUGUUAGAUGAGCUUAUGGAUUUUGGCUAUCCACAAACCACUGAUAGUAAAAUAUUACAAGAGUACAUCACUCAGGAAGGUCACAAACUUGAAACUGGAGCUCCACGUCCGCCUGCCACUGUUACAAACGCUGUUUCAUGGAGAUCAGAAGGGAUAAAAUACAGGAAGAAUGAAGUUUUCCUGGAUGUUAUAGAGUCUGUUAACCUCUUGGUCAGUGCCAAUGGAAACGUGUUACGGAGUGAGAUCGUUGGGUCCAUUAAAAUGCGAGUCUUUCUCUCGGGAAUGCCUGAGCUGCGCCUUGGUUUGAACGACAAAGUUCUCUUUGAUAACACAGGCCGUGGCAAAAGUAAAUCAGUAGAACUGGAAGAUGUAAAGUUUCACCAGUGUGUUCGUCUCUCUCGCUUUGAAAACGACAGGACAAUUUCUUUCAUUCCACCUGAUGGAGAGUUUGAACUCAUGUCCUAUCGUCUCAACACCCACGUGAAACCACUCAUCUGGAUUGAGUCUGUGAUUGAAAAACAUUCCCACAGCCGCAUCGAGUACAUGAUCAAGGCAAAAAGUCAAUUUAAACGUAGAUCAACUGCCAACAAUGUGGAGAUUCACAUUCCAGUUCCAAACGACGCCGACUCGCCAAAGUUUAAAACCACUGUUGGAAGUGUCAAAUGGGUUCCAGAGAACAGUGAAAUUGUCUGGUCCAUUAAAUCUUUUCCAGGUGGAAAAGAAUACCUGAUGAGAGCUCACUUCGGACUUCCCAGUGUUGAAGCUGAAGAUAAAGAAGGAAAACCUCCCAUUAGUGUAAAGUUUGAGAUUCCAUAUUUCACCACUUCAGGAAUCCAGGUUCGUUACUUAAAGAUAAUUGAGAAGAGUGGUUACCAGGCUCUGCCGUGGGUCCGUUACAUCACCCAGAACGGAGACUACCAGCUUCGAACACAGUAAAGCACCUCGCAAGCACCACAGACGACAAAACUUCAGCCCUAGAAAUUUGUUUGCAGAAGCUUCUGUGGUACUGAGAGCCGUGAAUGUUGUUGCCAAGGGUCUUGUUUCUGCAAUCUUGGAUUGGCAGGCGAAAGAUUGGAAAUUUCCUGUUUUCAAUAAUGUGUUUUGAGCAUCUUGAACCAUUAGUAUUGAUUGUGUGAAUAUUUAUUUCAUUUCUUAGAACAUGCUGAUCUUGCUGCUAAAUGCUAAUUACAUUAGGAGUAGCAGUCACCUUGAGGAGCCAGGGAUACAGAACGAGCCUUGAGAAUGUCUUGUCAAUGCCUUGUCCGUUACAUUCGCAACGUUUCUAGGAUUUUAGGAUCUCUGAAGACAUUGGCAGCAUUAUGCUACAAAUUAGGGAGACGAUUGUGCAAUUAAAUGACUGCUGAACACUUGGUUGUAUUUAGCCCAAGGUAUUUUUUUUUUUUUUUUUGCUGGGCAUAUGGGUGCCUUAACUCAUUCAAAGCUCUGUUAACUUAUAAAAAUUUACAGAAUAUGAGUUGAAACUAUCCAAAGUCAAAAAGUACCAUUUGUUCUUUUUUGCGUGGCUUCAAACCAAUUGAUCUGAUGGCACAACUUCCAUUGAAGGGUUUGGAAACAAAAAUAUAGGUGUGUUAAAGACUAAGUUAACUGAGACCAGGAGAUGGCAGAAGCAAAUGUCUCUGGGAAGGUCUCUGUGGAAGCAGGAUGUUGGUGAGUUCAGGUUAGUGGAAACCCAGACUGAAGAGUUUCAACCCUCUGACACCCCCUAGGGUGUGGAAACCCUAUGCCAAUUGACUAGUAUUUCCAUGUUUUAAAUUCUGUUCAUAAAGCAAGUUCAGAACUGUAAUAUGUAGUAGUCGUAAGACCUUAGAUUAAUUAUUAAAAAAAAAAAAGACCAAACAAUUUUGGAGGUGAUGAAAUUUGGUAGGAAGAUUCAGGGGGGGGUUAUUUUUCCAGAUAAUAGUAAUAUACUCCAACCUCUUCCUGACAUUGAUUGUUGUUUAUGAAAAGGCUGAUAAAAAUACCGUUGCCAUCUUUCUUCCAGCUUGCCUUUGUGUUAACUUACGGCAAAUAUUUCCCUUUUUUGCUAUAGUUUGCUAGAAUUGUUUAACUCUCUUUGCCCUAAGGGGGAUGCUUUCUUUCUCAGUCUUUUCCGUUCGUAAGCAACUAUUAUUAGAACUUCCUGGCAGAAUGGAUUACAGUUCAGAACGUUAUACUUAAAGGUAUUAUUUUUUUUUUUUACAUGCUGUUUUCAUUUUUUUUCUGAGAAGCUAAGAUUGGCAUGGGUGUACAUAGUUAUUUUGAUUUUUUUCAGGAAAAUUUUGACGGUUAUCAGUAUUUUCUUUUGACAAUUUUUUUUUUUUUUUAAGAAUGUCUUGGGUUGAAUUUAGUACUUCUGAUGUGCUAAAUUUAAACCACUGAAAUCUAAAUCUAUGUCCACAAACGUGAUGUCAUACACUGUGCGCAAGGUUCUCCGCACCACUCUGACAGUCCUUGACUCUCCCUCGAGACUGAGAAGUCCUCGUCCCCACAAAAUCCAUGUAGACUAUAUAUAGAGAGAGAACUGUGUAUGCAGUAUAUACUAUUAGCAAAAAAAAAAUGAACUAAAUUCCCCUGAGAUGCAGCUGCUGUAACAUUUUGGGAAGGACUGGUCUCUGAAGGCAUCCAGGCAUUCUGGUUGGGCCAGGGGUAGGUGUGCACAGGGAUAUUUUGGAGGAAGGUUACUGUAGUGUCACCCAAUGAGCUCGAUGUUGAAACAAAUGAAAUCAUCUUGUUCAAGAUUUUGGUUCCACUGCUCAUUUUCAUUUGAACAAUUAAGCUUAUGACUGGACUAAACAUUUUUAUAUUAAAACUGUAACUGGUUGACAAAUCACUUUCCGAUGACUCUAUUCUUCAAACUGUUCGCUUCAAUUAUUUGCCUGUGAAAUGUGACUUUUAAUGGCUUCAUUUCUUUUUCUGUUGAAAAUUGUAUCUUGUGGACCAGAACAGUGUUUGUUUUUUUUUUUCUCACAUUUUGUUGCAAUUUGACUUGAUUUUGAUGAUGGGGCAUCAGCCGUGCUUGUCCGGGAAGUAAUAAAGGGCCAAAAGUCCUCUUGGAAUCA